UUCACCCGCGCAAUCAGACGCAGCAAACGCUUACGACAGACAACAAGUACUCAAGAGAGGAGAAGAGAGAGAUCGUUUGUGAGAAACCCAUUACCGUUUGUGUGAAAGCACCAGACUAUCAUGGCUUGUGAUUCCCGAGCGGGGCUUGAGGCCCAGAAGCUCAUCAACAUUUCCCUGGGGAAAAUGGCCGCCUCCCGCGUCGGCCGCACGGGUGCUUCGCUUCACAAGUCCUUGCUGGUGGCCUCAGUGCUGCACCGCGCUCGACAUGUGUUCCUGGAGGAGAGCUACCACGUGCAUCGCGCCGCCCACCCCGAGGCUUAUGCCCACCCGCCCCCCGCCCUCGCAGCGCCCAUGUACACCCCACCCUUGCCGCCCACGCCGCCGCCGCCGUCCGCCCCCGAGGAGAACAGUGAAGUGGAGGACAAGGAAAACCGCGUGUGCGAGAAGGCGGAGGCCGCUCAGCAGCCCUCGCCGGGGGAACAGUGCAGGACGCCCCUUGCCGACGCCUCCAACAACCGAGUGGCCGCCCUGAAGAGGCGACGGUGUGUCAGUGAGCAGGAGACCCAGGACGCCGUGUCCUCCAUCCUGCCCAAGAGGCCCCGCACCUGCCCGUCGCCCGAGCCGGCCAUCGCGGACGUGAGCGACGACGACGACUGCGACGGCCCCUGCGGGAACAGCAUGGAGGUGGAGCACAUUACGUCUCUGGUGUCCAUCUUCAGCUUCGGCGGCCCGCGACCGGACAUGUGCGCGACGCAGGCGGCCAGAGAAGACCACUCGCAGUUCCAGCCCGUGGCCCUGGCAGUAUGAAGCUGCUAGGCCUCUCACCUGGUCACAACGUACCUGACGACGCUGGCACCCCGCGCCCUCGGCCGCCGCCCACGCCUGCUAGUCACCACCCCCGGCCCGGGACCAAUCCACGCCCCCGCCCACAAGGAUCGGGACGUCCUCGCCUCGCCCGCCCACGCAGUGCCGUCUCCGCCUCCGGCCGCGGCAAUGCUCGACGGUCUUCGAGAUCCACGUUCGUUGAAGCUCAGCGCCAAGGACGAGUUCUGGUUUAUGUUGUGUGGAGUUUUCACCCAGUGUUGGAGAAGCAUUGUUGCACUUGUGUGGAGGCACUGCGACGGUGACCUGUGGGGGGAGGGAGUGCCAGUGACGGUUCUGUGGAGGUCAAGGCCUCUGCAAGUGUGAAUGUGCUUUGUAUUAUGACUACAUUGCCACACAAUGUGAUAUAUAUGUACAUUAUUUGUACAAAAGAGAAGAUUUAUUUAUCAUUGGCUCUGCCGAUGUUCUAUGAAAGAUAUAUAUUUUAUACUCAUGUUGAAAAUACAAAAAGAUAAAUAAAAUGCCAAAGUUA